AUGAUCUUCUCCAGCAUUGCCCUGGCCCUGGCCAGCCAGCUGGUGGCCAAGGCCGCCGCGUCGCCGGCCUCGCUCGCCGCCGCCGGCGUCACUAAGCGCUCGCCGCUGGGCAUCAGCCUGCCGCCGCUGAUCCCGGCCAUCCCCGGCGUCACCGAGCCGCUCAACGACCUGGCGCCGCCGCUGCCCAUCCUGCAGCUUCCCACGCCGCCGCUCGACAGCCUGCCCUUCGAGACCAAGUCCAUCAAGCCCAAGAAGAUUGGCUACAUCUGGACCGGUGCUGGUGACAACCACCACAAGGACUUCCUCGCUGCCAUCAGUCUUGAUGAUGAUACGUUUGGAGAGUUCAUCCACAUCACCGACGUGCCCACCAGCGGCAACUCCCCUCACCAUCUGGGUACCUCGCUGGACGGCAAGAGUCUUGUUGGAGGCGGUCUCUUGUCGCUGCUCAAGACGCAGGACACUGCCUUCUACUGGGACACCAGCGACCCGUACCACCCCAAGUUCGACCACAGCAACAGAGGCGUGCUCAGCUCUAUUGUUGAUGAGAUCCGAGCCAAGCCUGACGGCGGUUUCUUCAUCACCUACAUGGGAAGCGCCGUUGGAACCUCCCCCGGUCGCCUCGUCGAGACCGACGCUCACGGUAACAUCAUCCACGAGUGGCCCGAGGAUGUCGAGGGCACGCUCAACAUUCUUGGAGAGCAGUUCAGCCCUCACGGCCUGGCUGUCGACUUUGACAAGAACAUCAUCCUCACCUCGGACUUUGUCGUCCCUCUCACCGUUCUCAAGCCCGUCUCUGCUCUAGGCAUCCAGAAGGCCAACACUCUGCGUCUCUGGAGCCUUGACACCCGCAAGAUCAUUUCCACCAUCACCAUCCCCGACGGUCAAGGUAUCCAGGACGUCAAGUUCAUCCCCGGCAACCCCGAGGGCGCCGCCCUCGCCACUGCUGUCAAGAACGGCGAGGUCUGGAUCAUCUACCCGUUCCGCAAGGAUGCCAACGGUAAGCAGGGUGUCGCUGAGCUCCUCUACGACCUCGGCCCCAGGGCCAAAGAGGCGCUCGCCAUCUACUCGGACAUCUCCGACGACGGGAAGUACGCCUACUUCACCAUUACCCUCGGCAACCACGUCGCUGCCCUCGACAUCUCGGACCUCAAGAACGUCAAGCGCCUGGACAACCCCGAUGAGCAGCAGCCCAUCAUCGGACCCCACUACGUCAAGAUCUCCCCGGACAAGAAGAACCUGCUCGUCUGCGGCUACUUUGUGCAGGCUGGCCAGAUCUCGGUCCUCAACACCCCCGGUGACUACAAGGUCCACUGGAUUGACAUCCUCGACAACGGCUCUCUCAGCUUCAACCGCACCGUUGACUUUGAGACCAUCUUCACCCGCACCCGCGGUGGCGCUCGCCCUCACAGUGCCGUCAUCUUUGACCUCACGGACCCCAACCACCCCGUCUACUACUAG